UUUAUUCAUUCUGUGCUAGAUUUCCCGAUAGUUCAAAUCAGAGGUAAAGCCCCCGAAGCGAAUCGAAACGAAAAUACCAAGAAAUCCGCUAAAACCAAACCCCAAAAGCGUUUGCUCUUUGCUAAUUUACAUUUGUUUUGCGAGAAUAUUGGGUCUUAAAAGAAAGGAGAAAAAAACCGAGUGAAACGGUGUUUUAUUUUCCUCGUACGAAUCGGGUUCUCCGUUGAGAUAAAAGUGUGCUUAAGAGUGAGACGGUUUUCUUUUGUUUCCUUUCAAUUUCUUAAGCAAUAACGACUGGAACAUCCACAAAGGCGGCGACCGAUCUCGAUGUCUCCGCAAUUAGAUAAUGCUUAAGCUACCAAAGGGCCUAAAAAAGAAAAAGAAGAAGUCGAAAAAGGACCAGGAGCUCUUCACCGAGGAGGAGCUCGAGCAGUACAAGCGCGACCUAAAGGCCAAACAGGAGGCGGCGGCCACCAAAUCGGACGCCGGCGAAUCCGACGGAGCGGCAUCAGACGUUGAGGCCCACCACGAGCCCCCAGCCUGCCAUUCGGGAUCGUCAGCGGGAACGGUAGCGGGAUCGUCAGCAGGAGCGGGAUCGUCAGCAGGAGCGGGAUCGGGAGCGGGAUUUCACCAACAGGCCACAGGGUUAGCCACCCAACAUCAGAAGGGCCAGCAACAGGCCGGCGAGCAGAGUCAAGGCGGUGGUGACGAGGAGUGGGCCAAGUUCAAGGCACUCACCUCCGGUGUCGAUAGUAUUCUACACAAGACCCAGGACGAGCUCGAUCGCAUCAAGAAGGAGUCCUUCUACCAGCGCCUGCCCUCGGCCGCCGAGAAGAAGAAGCAGGAGGAGGAGGAGGCCGCUCGACGCGAACAGGAGCGAGAGGAGCAGGAGCGCCAGCGUCUGGGCCAAAUCGAAGCGCAGCGCGAUAAGCUAGCGGAGGCCGUUGUCCACCUGUCCGAGUCGGAGGAGGAGGCCAACGAUUACGAGGCCGAUGACAUCUUUGCCACCGACUACAUCGAGGCGAUCACCAGCGGAGAGCUGCAAUUAGCCGUCGUCCCGGACUCGCCCGUAUUAGCCGACGACGGACCCGAUCCCUUCGACACCGCCUACGCCGAGAAGGUCAUUGUCGGGGCCGACCGCUCCAAGGGCAAGGGUAACAAGAAGCUCGUGAGUCUCGGCGCCGCCGUCGAGGUUCUAUCGGGUCGUGUCGAUCGCGAGCACGCCGUCGCCCUCGCCAAUCCCAAGCGCAAGUUGCGCAAGGGCAUCCAGAAUCUUUUGCUCAGCGAGAGCGUUGAGUUAGCCGAUCCGGAGGCGGAUCUUCUAGCGGCCGCCGCCGCUAACGCCGAGCCGCAGCACAAUCUGCUCGACGAUCUUGACGAGGAACUGCCCGAGUCAUCGGCCCCCAUCGAUCUCAGUGUCUCGCUGCACUUGCACUUGAUCAAGCACAAGCAGCCCCUCGACGAGGAGGACGAGGAGGAGGCGGAUCCGGAUCGGGAUCGGGAUCCGGACAAUCAGCUCCUUAACCCAGACCUCGCCGAGUUCGAUGCCUUAAAGGACGAGGAGGACGACGAGUUCGCUGAACUAGCCGCCGAGUCGCUGACCAAACGGGAGGAGGUCACCAUCGUUAGCCAGGUGGUUCUGCCCGCCGCGGAACUGCCAACGGAAGCAUUCGGCGAAGGAAGCUGGGCCGAAUUUGAAGCGGAACCGGAACCGGAUACAGGUAAACCCAAGCGUCCACCGCCACCAGUCCGUCCGCCCACAGGACCCCACAUCGUGCCCGGCGCCAUCUACGUUUCGGACGACGAGGAGGAGAAUCCCGACGACGACCCCUUCAACACCAACUACGCGGAGCAGGUGAUCAAGAAGACCACCGUACUCGAGGAGGACGACGACUUCGAUCCGCGGGCCGAGGAGGAGUCACUGCCCACUGGCACAUCCUCGCUAGCGGCCCCGACGCGCGAUCUUCUCGCCGGCAGUGCCACCGAUCUCAGCCAGGUGGUGCCCGCGCCCUUGGCGCCCACUUUGAGUGUCGACCAGGAGCCGGAGGACUUCGAUCCCUUCGACACCUCGGCCGUAUCGGCUUUGGUGCAGCCCAAGGCCACGGAGCUGCGCUUCUUGGAGCGCGAGCUGUUAAACGAGGAUUCCACUAGCAUCAGUGGAGGAGGACUUAAGCACUCCCUGAGUGACCCAGACUUCGAUCCACGAGCGGAUCAGGCAGUCAACGAGCAGCCGACGCAGGUGAAAGUAGUAGACCAAAUACAGCCGGACUUCGACGCCGCCAGACGCAAGUCCUCGCUGAGCCUGAACAUCCAGGCCAAGAGUGUGGGCUUUCUGGUGCCGGCACCGGAUCUCCUGGGAGCGGGUAACGAGCUGGGGGCCAACAAGAAGCCGCUGACGCCGUACUACGCCCCAUCCGGUAAUCCUCUGCAGGAGCGAGAGCGCGAGGCCGAGGACGCCGAUCCCUUUGACACGUCCUACGUGCCCGAAGCGAAGCUCAGCGCCAUCGAGUUGAAGCACAUCGAGAAGGACCUAAUCUCGCAGCCGGCCACACUGCGGCACAGUCUCUCCGACCCGGACUUCGACCCCAGGGCGCCACCCACUCCGGUUCCAGCCGAGGUGCUGCUGGCCGUCGAGGAGAACAUCAACAUCAAGGUACUCACACCAGCCCAGGAGCGAAAGCGGCUAACCAACUGCGGCGGCGACUCCGAGGAGGACAUCGAUCCCUUCGACACCUCCAUAGCGGCGAAUCUGCGGCCGGGACAGACCGAGCUGAAGCUCUUGGAGGACGAACUGCUGCCGGAGACAAGGACUGCGGCGUUCACGACCGACGUCCUAGACGUCCAGAGCGACGCCCAGGAGCUGGGCCUGGGCGACAAGGUCCUCACGCCCUCGACGCACUCCAGACCGGCGCUGCCGGUCCAGGACAUCGAGAUCGACCCGUUCGACACCUCCAUUGCCGAGAAUCUAGCGCCAGGCGAAACGGAGAUCAAGCUGCUCGAGAGCGAGCUGAUCGAGCGCUAAGC